AAGCAUCGCUAUAUUUCAUUCCGCGCGCGAUCGCUGGCUGUAAACGCUUGCGCAGCAACGAAUUUACGAAAUUCGAAUUUGUCUCCGCGAUUUUAAAAAAAAAAACUCAGUUGUGCUCCUAUAAUAAUGAAUAAAAUAUUCCAGUGAAUUUUAAGUGUAUGUGUUGUGUUAGUUUUGAAAUAGUUUGAGAAGUUUUUGAUUCACUGUCGAAUAAGGCAUCAAGAUGACGACGAAAUCGUACAGCAAGCACAAGGAGUACAAGGAGAUAUCCAGCAGAGGCACCGUGCCUUACACCGACGAACAAUUCGAUAUGAUGAAAUCCGAGCUCCUACCUAAAGGCAGUAAACUUGACUCUCUGGGCCGCGGUACUGGUACCCGGGAGUACCACUAUGAGUACAAAGAAGAGAAGCUGCCUGGUGGCAAAUACGAUCGGAAGGACUACCAUACUGUUGAGGAAUACACGAUUCCUGCAAGAAGUUUACCGAAGUCUUCAGAAAGUAGUUCGUAUUACUACGAGAAAGAGGAAAGGGAAUUACCUGCUAUUACCACUGGCACUCGGACAUAUAACUAUGAGACAACUGGCACAUCUCCUGGUUAUUCCAAAGUGAAUACCAAAGUGACUAAGGAAAUGACUCAGAAUGUUGAAGAGUUGGAUUCUCUUCUGGAUGAUUUGCAGAAGGAUCAAGAACGUCAAUUGUACAAGAGUGGUUAUACUUCAGAUACCGCUGAAAGUACGUCCUUUGACUACAGGCGAGGUACACCAGCAAAGGCGCCGUCUAGUGGAUACUCUACGUUGAAGCACGAGGAGCGCGUGGAGUCCUGGGGCUCCAGCCCUGCGCCGACAGUCACACGUGCUGCUGAACUGCGACAGCAGAUGUAUAGAGAGGAGAAAACUGAGUCCCGCGUGGUGCCGGCCGUGGUGCCAGCGCCGGCGCCGCUGCAGGUGCCAGCCCCAGUCUGCACGCAUUGCCACCAGCCUGGCACCACAGGCACUUUGCCACGUGGUAGUACACCAAUGAAUAAGGUAACUACCACAGUGAAGACGUACACGUACGAGGUGCCGGCGGACACGGACCCCGCCAGUGUGCCCAUACCCGCGCACGCGGACACACACACCUAUGUGUCGAAUGACACACAUCGCACUACGACGCUAACUCGUCCAGGGGAGGGCUCCCCCGCGCCCGGCUGCCAGUACUGCGCGCACUGCAACACGCGCCUGCACUACAGCCGCACGCACCUCUCUGACGAAAAUACAACUACUAAUGAACGUAUGGUGUACCCGAGCCCUGCCAACGAGCCCCACGCACCCCACGGACCCCACGGACCCCACGCACCCCACGUGCUGCCCGCAGAGCCGCACAAUGGACACGGCCCUUAUGGUCCAACAACAUACAAAUACUCUGAGACGAGCUACUCCUCGCACAACUCCACCCUCAGCCCGCCCCCGCACGCCCCGCACGCCCCGCACGCCCCCCACGCCCCCCACAGGCACGCCUCGCCCUCCCCCGCGCCCUCCCCGGCGCCCUUCCCGCGCCCGCACACGCCCUCCCCCGCGGAGCAGCAGCCGCCCAAGAGGCUGGAUGACCUCCUCGCUGACUUCCCUGAAGCUAGGUUCCCCACUCAGAAUGAAGGUGUGCGUCGUCGCGUGGAGACAACGAGAGAGACACGCGACACUUCCCACGUCAGCGUGCCCACCCCCGCGCCCGCAGCUGGCGUGAAGCCCGCGCCUGUAGGCUCCAGUAAGAACGUCGCCGGUCCAGCUGUCUACUACCCGCCCGGACACACGCCCUUCGCGCCUAAGAAGGAAGUCGCGGGAUAUGAAGCUAGCGCGAUGCAAGGCGGCGGUGCGUACGCGUCAGGCCGCGGCAUGUACGAGUACGAGUCAGGCGCCCGCAGCAAGGAGAAGCACUACGAGAAGAAGACUGCAGUGCCGGUCUGCCUACCCCUCUGCUGCGCUAUGCCGUGCGUCAUAUUGUAAACUGACACAUAAAUGUGACAAAAAUAUCGUCGAAUUCAAUAGAAAUGAAAUUAUAACUUCUAUAUAAAUAAUUAGCUGUUGCUCGCGACUUCGUCCAUGUGAAAUAAA